AUGGUCAACUUCUCAGCAGAACGCUUCUCCCCGAAGCGCCUCUCGCCCAAGCGCAUCAAGGCCAAGAUUGAGCCUCAGCUGCACUGGAAAGUCCCUAUGGAACAUGGAAUGUACCAAGACCCUCGCUGGUCUAACCCAGAUCUCGACCCUAUCAAGCCUGAGGAUCGUACUUGGGGUGCUUUGGACUAUUGGGCAUAUUGGACCAGUGAUAUGCUUGCACCUCCCCUCACAUCCACCGUGUCGUCUGUCAUGAGCUUGGGUUUUACUGCUCGCGAGACGAUUCCAAUCGUCUUUUGUGGCUUCGCGUUAUGCUCUGGAGCAUUGACCCUUACUGGAAAGAUGGGUGCCCGAUAUAACAUCCCCUUCCCAGUGCUGGUCCGCUCUAUUUUCGGAAUGUAUGGAAGUUAUCCAGUCAUCGUUCUCCGCUCAUUCGUGGCUGCCAUGUGGACCGCAAUUCUGUGUGUCCAGGCGGGUGACUUUCUCAACAACUGUCUUACGGCGAUCUGGCCCAGCUUCGCCAACUUCCCAAACCACUUGCCCGAGAGUGCUGGCAUCACUUCAGCCGGACUCCUCUGCUUUUUCAUUUACUGGAUCUUCCAAACCAUCUUGGCCUGUAUGCCCAUCAAGAAGCUCCGAAUCCUCUUCCUGCUCAAGGGCAUCAUUGUUCCACCGACUUUCCUUGCCCUGUUCUUGUGGGCCGCCAUUGUCACAAAAGGAGGUGGGCCACUUGUGACCGGACAUGCCAAAAUCACUUCAACCUAUAUGAACACGGCAUAUUCGGCCCUGACCGGCUUGAACGCGGUCAUCGGCCUCUUCAGCUCCAUGGCGGUCAACUUCCCGGAUUUCAGUCGAUUCUCCAAGAACAACCUGAAAGGAUACAACCAGUUCUUUGCAUUGCCCAUCAUUGGAACGUUGGGAGCGUUGACCCCCAUCUUUGUCACCUCAGCCCAUAGCUAUUUGUGGGGAGAAUUCCAGUGGUAUAUGCCCGCCGUCAUCGCCAAGUUCGACUCUCGUGCCGCCAAAUUCUUCACCGCAUUCAGUUUCAUGUUGGCGACUAUCGGUAACCAGAUCGCUGCUGGGACAUAUCCAUUUUCCAAUGAUAUCUCGGGUCUUUGCCCCAAAUACAUCAACAUCUUCCGCGCCACUUUGAUCAUCUCCGUCUUUUGCGUAGUGUCGAACCCAUGGCAGAUCAUCAAAAACGCGUCCGGCUUGCUAGCCUUCUUGUCCGGUUACAGCAUGUUCAUGGGGGCCAUUUGCGGCACCAUGUGCUGCCACUACUACCUCAUCGUAAAGAAGAAGCUCAACAUCCACGAGAUGUACAACGGCCACGGCAUCUACCGUUACAACAAGGUCGGCAUCAACUGGAGGGCAUACGCGUCGUUCAUCACACCGGUGGCUCCGCUGUUGCCAGGUUUCUGCAAGAGCAUCGACACAAACCUCAACAUCGGAGGCGCCUGGAAGAUCUACACCUUCUCCUGCAUCUAUGGCUUCACCGUUUCUGGCGUCGUUUACUACCUCAUCUGCACUUACGUCUCGGGUGUGGGUGCGGCGAAGAUUGAUGAGGCAGUCUAUCCACCAUCGAAGCCGCAGUCGACAGACGUGGAAGUGGGAGUCGCCCCAUCGGAGGAGGCUUCGAUCGACGAGAAGGCUGGUGUUGCAGUAUCGAUUGGAGCAAAGGAACUUGGUCCUCAGUAG